UGUAAUCUUGUCCUGUAUUUAGCGGUUGUCAAAUGUCAAAUUUGUCAUUUGUCACUACAUCAAGCGUCCAAAAAACGUUUUGAAUUUAAAAAACUUAAAAAUAAUACAAAAUGUCGAAGGCACAUCCUCCAGAAUUGAAAAAAUUUAUGGAUAAAAAAUUGUGUUUAAAAUUGAAUGGGGGCCGACAGGUCGUGGGCAUUUUGCGUGGCUUCGAUCCAUUUAUGAAUCUGGUGGUGGAUGAAAGUGUGGAAGAAUGUAGAGAUGGAAAGAAAAAUAAUAUAGGAAUGGUGGUGAUUCGGGGAAAUAGUAUCGUCAUGUUGGAGGCUUUAGAUAGGAUUUAGUUUGUAAUUUUUAAUCGAUAAUUAUUUGUAAUAAAAGCGUUCGAUUCUGA